AUGGGGGACAUUGUGCAGAACCAAGAGUACCUAAUCUCCAGUGAACAGCAUCAUCGUGACGAGUUGGAUAUUCUUGUGACUGUAUUCAUCCCACUCUACCCUCCUCAGGGGAACGCAGAGGGCAGCCCAGGGUUCCAUGUGGUCCUGGGGAACGAGGCCUGUGACCUGGACUCCAUGGUGUCAGCUCUGGCCUACGCAUACUUCCUGUCCAAGACACUUGAUUCUGUGAAAAUUCCUCUUCCCGUUCUGAACAUUCCCCGGCAAGAGUUCCCGCUGCGCACGGACAAUGCCUUCCUGCUGAGAGAGAGUGGCCUCUCCCAGGAUGACCUGGUGUUCCGGGACGAGGUGGACCUGGGGAGUCUACACCGGGCCGGCCGGCUGGACCUCACACUGGUGGACCACAACGUGCUGCCCAGCUCUGACCGUGAUCUAGAGGAGGCGGUGUUGGAGGUGAUCGACCAUCACCUCCUGGAGAGGAAGCCCUCACCCUCCUGUCCCAUUACCGUGGAGACGGUGGGCUCCUGCACCACCCUGGUGACAGAACGGAUCAUCCAGAAAGCCCCUGAAGUCCUCGACCAACAGGUGGCCCAGCUCUUAUAUGGCACCAUAGUGUUAGACUGUGUGAACAUGGCCCCAGAGGCAGGGAAAGUCACCCCUAAAGACAGCCAGUACGCUGUCCUCCUGGAGACGCACUUCCCCAACCUGCCACCAAGGGGCGUCCUCUUCCAGUCCUUGCAGAAUGCUAAAUUUGACGUGUCAGGUCUCACCACAGAACAGAUGCUACUGAAAGACAUGAAGGUGGCAUCGGAAGGAGAUUUAAAACUGGCAGUCAGUGUGAUAUAUAUGACACUGGAGGCUUUUCUACAGAGACAAAGCUUACAGCAAGAGCUCUGUGAGUUCUGCCACAAGCACAGCUACAACCUGGUGGUGGCCAUGACGAUCUCCUUCAACGAUAACAAGGAGCCCUUCAGGCAGCUGGCUGUCUACAGCUCCAGCACCCUCUACAGGGGGGAGAUGAGCCAAGCCUUGGAGCAAGCCCGGAGCCCCAGUCUGAGCCUGAGUCCAAUGAGCAGCCCUUACUCGGACAUCAGGGCUUAUCUCCAGGGCAACACGUUGGCUUCCAGGAAGAAGGUGCUGCCCAUCAUCAAGGACUUCCUGAGGGACAGGGAGCGAAGAGAGGUGCAUUGUGGGAGCCUAGAGGAGAGCUACGAGGCACCAUGGCAACGAGCGUGCACUGAGGACGCUGGGAUAGAGGAGGACUCCUACUUCCCCCCCACCCCUAUGAACAGUCUGGUGGAGGGCUGUCCCCUUGACAACGGGCUGCCCAAGAUCAGCGCUGAAGCUCUGACGGAGAAGUUCAGCAAGAUGGCCAGCGAAGAGGAGAACGCAGGGGGGCACUGAUGUCACUCACACUCCUGGUGGUCAGCGGAGCUCCCAAGCUCACUAACCUGUAUAACAGCUGGAUGGCCAGAGAGUUCUCGUAACAGGAUUCAGACCAGUCAGUACAGAUUGUUUGUGACUGUGCAGGGUGUUAAGGUAGGCACAACAUUGAUCCGCUGGGACGAGGACUGGGAGUCACACUGUUCCCAAUACAGAGGAGUAAACAAUCCACUGGCAAUCAUAUUGGAGAUGAUGGAAAUGUAUUGAAAAUAUUAGCGGUCCAAGGCACUGCAUCUCAGUGCUAGAGGCAUCACUACAGACGCUGGUUCGAUUCCAGGUUGUAUCACAACUGGCCGUGAUUGGGAGUCCCAUAGGGUUAGGGUUUGGCCGGGGUAGGCCGUCAGUGUAAUAAGAAUUUGUUCUUAACUGACUUGCCUCGUUAAAUAAAGGUUCAAUCAAAAAAUAUUAGUGACACUGAUGCUUUCAUCCUUGAAUGGGAAUAAGACAUUUAAGUGGGAACCUUGUUAAUGGAAAAAUACUCCCGGUUGUUAUGUUUCCGGGAAAUACAUUUUGCUGUAGAUUUAAGAAAAUAGAUCCACUCUCUCUCUUCUCCCCAAGAGUGUGUGUGCAGCCUAGACUAAUGUGUAUAUGAACAUUUUUGUGAUAGAUGCCUAAACCAAUAUGUGGUCUUCUUACUAAGGAAACAGGGAUCUUAAUCCAGGAGGGCAUUGAAUGUCUCUACUGUAACCAAGAAGCUUGAUCUUGACAUCUAGGCACUGUGCCCUAUACUAAUGUGUAUAGGAAGAUUUUUGUUUUAGAUGCCUAAACCAAUUUGCGGCCCCACUUUAUUUGGAUAGUCCAGCUGUAGAUGCUCUAAAGAUGGUCAAACUAUCUGUUGAUAAGCAACUGCUUACUAAGCUUAGGGUAAGGGUUAAUAGUUAGAGUUGGGUUUAGGGUAAGAGUUAAGUUUAGGUUAAGGUUGGCAUUUAGUACAUAGUUUGUUGAAAUGUGAUAGUCUGUAGAGCAUCUACAGAUGGACUGUCCAAGUAAAGUGUUACUCUGCAUGAUAUGCAGUGUUGAUUUGACAUAAUUGAUAAGCAGUUUGACGUUGAAAUGUUUGUGUUGAAUAGUUAUUGCUAGAGAUAGCUAGACAUUAUUCCUUGACUGACUGUUUUAUUGAUAAUAAAUCAGUUUUGAAUGUUCUUCUGACUCAAAACACCAUUAUAAUACUGUAUCUUCUCCAAAUGAAAGAUUUUGUAUACUACAAAUGUAUGUAAACAUAAUUAAAAAAAUAUUAUUUAAGAAUUAUCUGAUUAUAUGCAAUUGUUUUGCAAGAAGAUACAGUAACUUCCGUUUGAUAGUGGUAAAGCACUUGGUACCAAUGAUAUUGCUGAUGUCAUGUUAAUUUGAAUAUAAUACUUUGAUCUCUUUUAUCUGAAACUAGGACUCCCCAGAACCACUCAAGGUACUGCCAGGCCUGAUGUAGUCUAAUUAAAUGACUGUUUAUUUCAUAAAAUGCUCCAAACGGAUGAGAACAGUGUUCUUUGAGAUCUAGCUAUAAUCUGCACCAAAAGGUAGAGUAGAUUUCAGUCAAGGUUAGACCAUUGGCAGAUGUUAUGAAGGACAAUCAAGUGAAAAAUGUCAGUUUGACCUUUUUAAUCAUUUGGAAACCAACUGACUAAAGUUUUACAGUUAGAAAUGUAAUGGUUUCACCUGAAAUGUUGAAAAGGGUUAAAUAGUAUUAAAGUUUCUUAUCCUG